AUGAUAGAAAUUUGUUAUGCGUAUUCGGGCAUAACACCGGUCAAUUAUGAGCCGUUCCUAUCCCCAGCUCUUAACAAAAAAAUUGGUCGAUUUGCCAACACUGUUUAUAGAUAUAUUGAACCGAUUUUACCAAAGGACAAAAUGAUAAAUUCUGUUACCUUGUCUAGAGUACUUCAGGUUUAUCAAUUACGUAAAAAAGAACACGGAAUUUUCGAAUACAUAAAUAAUUAUAUUGACAAGAUCAAAGCUUCCAAUAUCCCAAUUACUCCAUUUUGUCCUUGUCAAAACUCUGAGUCGAAGGUCAAUAAUAGUGGUUGGUGUGAAUCUUGCGGAUUAGGUCUGGUGCCUGGUAUCAUGCUUCCUCCUUGGACCAGUGGGCAUCCAGAAAUUAAUAGGAUUCUCUUUCGUACUCAAAUUGAAUCUAAUCAUAUUUUUGAUCAUAUCGAAUGGAUCAAUUAUGAUAGGUUUACAGAUGUUAAAAAAAUUAUAGGAGAGGUUUAUUCCGCUUCUUGGGUAGACGGACCGAUGUGUUUAUACGGAAUGGCAAGAAAUGGCGCUCAAAAUGUGAUUAUUAAAAGCCUUGGAAAAUCUUCUGCUAAUGUGACCCCCGAGUUUCUUCAUGAGCUUGAAUUAUACGUCAAACUUAUCACAUCGUACACGGAAUUACGUUAUGAAUUAUUAGGAUCUAUUCAAUGUUACGGCCUAACUCGAAAUCCAAGUACUCAAGAAUAUAUGUUGGUUAGCGAAUAUAUCAAAGGAGGCGAUUUACGAAAUUAUCUUUCCAGAAACUUCAAAAACAUGAAGUGGCUUGAAGAUAAAUUGCAAAUUCUUAUUUCAAUCGCAAAAGGAUUAAAAUUAAUUCAUGAAUCAGGGUUUGUUCAUCAUAAUUUACACUUGGGAAAUGUGUUGAUAGGAGAAGAUGGUUCGGCUUAUAUUUCAGAUCUUGGAUUAUAUCCCUUUAUCACCUUAUCUGAUCAGGAUUCAGAAAAUUUAAGAAACGAAGCAACGUCGAAAGGAAUAUUUGGAGUUCUUCCUUAUGUAGCACCUGAGGUAUUAGAAAGAAUUCUACCAUAUACAAAGGAAUCAGAUAUAUAUAGUUUUGGCAUUAUAAUGUGGACACUUUCUUCAGGAAAAAUAUAG